AUUUUGAACUGACCACGGUUUCUUCUUCUUCUGUUUCUUCUUCUGUUUCUUCUUCUGCGGUGACGAUCCAGCUGGUGGACGAAGGUCCUCAGAGAGUCUCGGCCGCUGAGAGCUACGUGGUCAGCAGCGAUGAAGACGAGGCCACGCCCCCCAGGCUCCACGCCGCCGUGAUGUCAUCGGACCAGACCAACGGCUCCUCCAGGUCGACUCCGGGGACGAUCAGCUGUCCCGUCUGUCUGGACUCGUACUCAGAGAUCGUGGAGAGCGGCCGAUUGGUUGUCUCCACCAGGUGUGGUCACGUGUUCUGCAGCGUGUGUCUCCGAGACGCUCUGAAGACGUCGCACAGCUGCCCCACCUGCAGGAAGAGGCUGACCCCCCGCCAGUACCACCCCCUCUACGUCUGACAUCAUGAUG